AUGGCCGAGAGUUCUGGUCUAAAAGUCCGUGGUGAAACCCUCGGGCCAAUCCGUGAUGCUGGAAAUUUGAGCGGGAGCCUGGAGCUCGCUGUGUUCAUCGUUGACGGUCUACUUCAACCUGCAAAUACUUCUCUCACGCAUAUAGCAAACGACCCCCUUACCUUCUCUCUGCCCAAGCCCGGCGAGGAUCAAACAACCCCAGUUCUCCGCAGUGUUCUCGUGCAUAUAAGCCGUUUGUGCUGUCUGUCUGUCUUGUCCCGCAAGGCGAACUGUGACGUUGCGGGACAGUUCGAAUUUUGGGGCGUUGGAUGGGAUGCUGACCGCGUACAGGGAAUCCGCCGCCAAUUCUUUAUAUCGCCGCUCGCAUCUGGUCUCUCAGGACACCGCAACACCUCUCCGCGAGCGAAGACAGCAGCAAUGGCUCCCUCACUGCGAGAGCGCGCUUCUUUCGUGCGUCCAACUACUCGUGACCGGCCAGUGACCCGCGACCAGGCAGAGUCGCUCAUGAUUCCCAGCCGGACGUCGUCGCUGCACUCGAGGAUCACACAGCCGAUUCCCUCGACCCUGAACGUGAAGCCCGCGCAGAGGACGCCUAAGACGCUCACUCAUGCGUACAUGGUCUGCGGUGUUGGCCGUGAGCCGUCGCAAUGGGUGAAGGCACCGCCGCCGUCGCAGGGCAAGAUAGGCCAUAUGAAAGGAGCUGUUGGACAGUUCUGGCUCCCAGAGAUCCUGGGCAGCAGUCCCAGACUCGAGCAGGAUAACGAGAUAGCAAAGUCCUUGCAUUCUGCUAUGCGAGCCUGUUUCCCUCACGAUGUUGAGAUAUGCACUGGCAAGAACCAGCCACACUGUGUCCAUCAUUCGUUCGUCCUUCAGCAGGACUCGUCUCACACGCUUUACGGCAUUGCUCUCAGAGUCUGGUCGCGAGCUGACGAUAAGCGUGCGGAAACCAUUAGGGACCUCCGCAGGAAAACUGAAACGAACUUCUACGACAAUCCAGAGGAGACAUACUGGAUUCCUUACUGCCUGAGCUUCCUCUCUAGAUACCCCCUAUACAACCUCCUGGGUGACUAUCUCCGUGGCAUGUGGAUCCAUUGGAACAAGGCCACCAACCUGUUCCAUGCAGAGGAGGUCUCCAGAAUCCUCAGUUUCCCGGCUCCACGUCUCAACGAUCUUGUGCGCAUCGACAUGAAGGACUAUGCGCUCUGCUAUCAAUUCCCAUCUUCGCCCACCGGGUUCCAGAACUUCGCCAUGUGGCCCCUAUUCUCUUGUCUGUCUAUUCCUAACAUCGUUGGUGUCAUCGAAGCUGCCGUCUCGCCUACCCGCAGAAUCAUCUUCGUCAGCCACUAUCCUGCUAUUCUGACCGUUGCGGCCGAAACCAUCCGUUACUGUGUUCGUGUGUACGAGUGGAGUGGUCUCUAUAACCCCGUCGUUCACGCCAGACAUGUCAAGGAGCUGGUUCAGGAACCCGGCCCCUAUAUCCUUGGUGUAACCACCGAAUGUCGAGACCUUUUCACUGCUCCCACAGAUGCAUUGGUGAUUGACCUGGAUCGCAACUUCGUGCUGACUUCCAGCCCACCAAACAUCCUCACCCAGGGCCAGAGGAGCAAGAUGAUCACCCGUCUUACCCAGGCUUUGGCUGGUGAUGUAACUCCAAGUGGCCCACCCGCCCAUCUUCGAUCUGCCUACGGUGGAGGAAAGCUGAUUCCCGCCGGUCAGAUUAUCGUUAUGAGAGGAGAGAUUGAGAGUGUUCAGGACCCGGAAUGGUGGAACCAGGAUGGCGUCAUGGCCGUUAUGGACCAUGUCUGCGAGAAACUGGGCCGAAAUACCGGCUUGAAAGCCGUGUUUGGAGGAUCUGUCAAGAAGCCGCUGAUGACCAAGGUGUCCAUGAGACACCUCAACGAGAUUGUUCGUGAACGUAACCAGUACUCCAGAGAUGCUCUAGAGGCCUGGCAAGACUUCAUCAACCUCAAGGGCAGAAUGGACACCGAGUUGACCAAGGUGACUAAACGCAACAAUUUCCUCGUGGAGGAGCUCGAGACCUGGAAACAGCAGUUCCUCAAAUUCCAGAAAUUUGCCGAACAGCUCACCAAGGAAACCUCGGAUCUCAAAGUCAAGAUCGAGACUCACAAGCGCGAGAGUCGCCGUCUUACUAGUCUUAUCGAUCAGCAAAAGGACGAUAUCAUCCGCCUUACUCUACGUCUAUCUGGCACUGAGAAGCAGCGUGAUGACGCACUUGAGGCUCUCGUGCUUCAGCAGGAGAUUGCCGAAGAGUUGGAGCGCGAGAGGAAACGAAACGCCAAAGAGAUUGCUGCCCUACAGCACACUAAUACCACUCUCUUGCGUCAACGGGAUGACGCUCAGCGUGUCGUUAUUCACCUCCGCAGCCUCAUCAACGGCCAGGCUCACCACAUGGAACACAUCGUCCGUUCCAUCAGCACUGCACCCGAACUGUCCCAGUACAUCGAGGAAGGUUACGAGCACGCUGCCGAGGACGUAGCCAACAGUGAAGAGGAUGUUGUCAGCUCACUUGACUCUGCUGAUAAAGCUAUAUCGGGCCUCAAAUCUACCUCUCGCUUCGCAGGCAGCCGCUCCACCACCCCGACUGGCAGCGAAGACGUCACUUCCGACAUGGAAAAUCGCCUUCUAAACAUCGAAAGAAGGAGACGCUCUCCCAGAUUAAGCAUGUCCGAUGUCGCCGACAGGCACUUGCGCGACAAGACCGAUGCCAUUGCGGACAUCAUCCGCACCAUCAGCGACCAGUGCGCUGCAGCCGUCGAGGGCCUACAGCUCGCCCAGGACGCUGAGUUUGACGACGUCCCCGAGCUCUCUAAGCACGGUGAAGGAGCAGGCCGCGGAGCCAUUGACCUUGACCGCUCUCAACGUGGCGACGGAAGUGAGGCAGAUGACAACGAUGGUGCCCUCCUCAGCCCUGAUGGUCGCCACUCUACCAUCCCUCCUACCCCAGACCUUGUGCCUAACCGGUCAAGCACAUCGAUGUCGAUGGCUAGUAGUUCCACAAUCCAGGAGCGAUCGAGUCAGCAAUAUGGCCCGGGCGAGAUUCCCACGAAAAUUGUAGAACAUGAUGACGAGCAUGCUCACGAGACGGAGCAGGAAGAUGAGAACGUCGGCUCAAUGGGCAAGCAGUCCAGCGGUCAUAAUUAUAUCAGACCUAGAGCGUCGAAUAUUAUCGCAUAG